AUGGCUUCAAGCCACGAGCGUGGGAGAAAUCUCGUUGUGCGUGUGCGCGCGCGUGUGCGAUGUAUGUGUUACUCUCGCGAUCUCGCGAGGACAAAACGAGGAACGAAAGAUGGAAAGCUUCCCGUCCAUUGGUUGGACACCCACAACAUCGACGGUGGUAUGGAAGGACAGAGAGAAGAAGAAAUGUCUGCCCGCCACGUGACAGAUGUAGGACAGGCAGGACGCGGCGCCCAACGGAAAGCCACGACAUUCCUCUGUUCGAUACCCGCGGGUAGUUGCUGCAUCCUUCCAGGACACCGGGGAAUGCCCAGAAGCUUGAUACUGCGUAUUAUCAGCAAAGACGACAACUCUUAUGUCUCUAUUUACUCUAAAAAAGCUGCUGAGGAGGAAGAAAGGGAGGAGAACAGAGCUAGAAUAGAGACUGGCCGGAACCGGCAGGUAGAAGCGUACAUCAUAGUACGGCAUUGUGCGUCACAACAUGGAAUACCAUCAAAGAAUGUUCGGAAAUGUAAGACAAGAACGGGCGCGCGCCAGGCGGAAAUUCUGUAUCGAAACAAAGCAAACGAAGCCCUUCCCUCCCUUCUCCCCAGCCCAGCCCACCGGCAAACCGUUUGCUUCAUGGCACUUACCUGCGGGAGGUCAGCUUCCGUUGCAUAA